CAAUGCUGGGAAGUUCUCCGGAGGUCUCCGGUGUCCCAGAAAAGAGGGAGCCCAGCCGGGGCGCCUGCGGCCCAUGGCCAGCAGGUGUCGCCACCGCGUCCCCCGUGGCGAGGGCGGAGCGACAGCAGACCAGAGCAGCAUGUGGACGCUGGGGCGCCGCGCAGCCGCCGGCCUACUGCCCAGGAAGGCGUCGCCGAGCCCGGCCCAGGCGCGCGCGGAGGUCCGGAGCCCGAUGACGCUCGCACGGCCCUGCCGGGGACCCGGCCUGUGCGCCCGGACCGCGGCGGCCUAUGCGCCCCGCCACGCCAGUCUGAACCUCUACUACCUCCACCAGAUUCUAAGUGGUAAAAAGCAGAGCGUCCAUUUGAUGCAUUUGAGGAACUCAGGAACUGUGGGCAACGCAGGGACUCUUGAUGAGACUGCGUAUGAAAGACUAGCAGAGGAGACCCUGGAUUCCUUGGCAGAAUUUUUUGAAGACCUCGCAGACAAACCCUACACAUUGGAAGACUACGACGUCUCCUUUGGGAGUGGUGUCUUGACAGUUAAACUGGGUGGAGACCUAGGAACCUAUGUGAUCAACAAGCAGACCCCAAACAAGCAGAUCUGGUUAUCUUCUCCCUCCAGUGGACCCAAGCGCUAUGACUGGACCGGGAAAAACUGGGUGUACUCCCACGAUGGCAUGUCCCUCCACGAGCUGCUGGCCACAGAGCUGACCGAAGCCUUGAAAACCAAACUGGACUUGUCUUCCUUGGCCUAUUCUGGAAAAUGCACUUGAUGUCCUGCCCAGUUUUAAAGACAUUAAAUCCUGUGGAGCCGGGAUCCCAGCUUCCUUCUGCAGCCGAGUGUCUGUUUUUUUCCAUUCCUGCUUUUGAGGGCAGUCACAGAAUGUGUAAGGCCCUGUGAGGAAAACGUGUUAACAUCCACCCUGCCCCAGAAUCUGGUUUUUAAUUUCUCCAGCAUUUUUUUGGAAUUGUCUCAUUACCUCCCUCACGUGCUACUUCUCAUCUUCUAUAAUGCCUUAUUACCAUACCUUAGUACAGUAAUUACCUUACAAAAAGAAAACAAGAAAGAAAAAUCCCAGGAGAAGUGACUUGUCUUCAUUCUUCGAAGGAUUAACUGCAAAAGCCGCAGGAAGAGCAGGUGGCCGCACUCACCAUUCUGUCUGAACCUGAGGCUCACGGAACUGAGUCUCUUCCAAAGCAUUUUGCUUCUGAGCCCUUUGGCAUUGUCAAAAGAAACUCAAAGCUCAUUCCCCCUGUGUGCUUUCGACUGUCAGGAUAUCCGUGCGCACGCGCGCGCGCGCACACACACACACACACACACACACACACACACACACAGCCUGGUGUGCGCAUACAUGUAUAUAUAUUUUUUUCUUAAUUUAAAGUUUAGAAUCAGCUGCUGUACUACAGGUUUGAAACCCCCAAAGACAAGAAAGAAAAGUUUUUUGCUGUGAGCAGAAGGAUGUAACAGAAGCAGUGUUGUGAAGCUGAGGAGGUGCUGUAUAAGCGCGAAAGGACAAACACAAAGGAGAUACUCCUAUUCAUAAAGAGCAGUGGUCCCGGGCUAUACUCCAGCCUGAAACAGGUCUGCGUGUGCUCACAUCCCCAAAGUCCCUAGACCUCUGCUUUCUCAUCUGUUAAGAAUAGACUGUAAUUGAUUCUCAACAUUCAGAGGUCCUGUCUGCAACCCAGGGGGCCAGCUUUAAUUCCCACUAGGUAGUUGAAGGAAUGAUCGUAAUCAGUUUGUUAAGCAAUAAAGUAAAUAUGUUGUCGCAGUACUAAGCUGCUGGAAUUUUGGCUGAAGUCCUGUAAAAUACUAGCUGUCCUUCAUUCUGCCCUCACUGUGUUAAGCCUACCACACUGCAUUACUGGGUUUUAAAUUAUACACAAAGCAAAAAGAUUCCAGAGCAUAAAACUGA